AUGCCUCGUCUCAAACGUAGAAGUGGUUCCAUUGGUCAAAGAAAAAAGUACCAUUCCAAGAGACAUCAAAGUCAAAGCGUGUCCGAUAAUUGCGACUCCAUAUUCUCUGAGAGUACUACAGCAGAACCUCAUGUGGACCAUGACUAUUUAUCUCAAGCAGCCCAACCCUCAGACCAUGAUUAUAGUGCACUCUCAGCCCAACCUCUGGACCAAGACUAUUCAUCCCAGACCAUGGACCACUGUUGUUCUACAGGACAGAUCACCACUGACAUUAUUUUGUCAACUGAAACUGUGCCUGUUGAGAAUGUGACUGCUGAUUUUCUUGUGUCUGAAAGUUUGAUUGUAUCUGCAGAGGAAAGUAAAACCCCCCUAAUCAAACUUCAAGAAAAUCUAGCUUCUCUUAUCAGCUCAGCAGAAGAUAUUUGCAACUUGCUUGCAAAACUUGAAACGUAUGGUGUAUGUGUUGGGAAUCCUGAUGAAGAGUUUAAUGAAUUCACACCUAUAGGAUGCGGAUUGUCUCACUCGGCAUCACAAGAAAUCUCUGCAUUUCGAGAAGGAGACUUUGAUGCUGUUCAGGGAAAUCUUGUUUAUAAUUCAACAAUACGCUCAGCAAAAUGUGACUUUCUAGUUCUUGGUGCCAGAUGUGUAAAUUGUUCUGGAUUGAGACGCCUUCUCAAAAAAAGGAAAUAUCGCAGAGAUGAACAGAAGAAAAGAGAAGUCGCCAUGAGCAGCACCUACAAGCAAUCAGUAUGA